CACUAAUUCAAGCUCGCUACUUCUGUAACUAUAUUCUCGAUAUGGUCCAUUUGACAAAGGAUCAUUUCCAUGUGGAUAUCUGUAGAGUAAAGUAUUUAGUUUGUUGUGCAGUUUAGUGUGAUAGUGUAUUUUUUUUAAUCACUUCAAUCGUAAGCCGAAUAUGAGUGCACUGUAGCCCCUUUUUCCUUGACUAUGUGAAGAAGCUUUCUUGCACAUUUUACAUAGGUGUAAAUACUUGCUUUGCUAUUCUCUCUUUCGGCAAUCAGCAUACUUUGUCGUGAUUCACAUUAAUCAUAUUGAGUAUGGAAGACUUACAUGCUUCAACAUGGCCUAGGAUAACGUUUCUAUAUCUUUCAUGGAUAUAUUAUUUGAGAUUUCUAUUUUUGUCUGGAGAUACUAUGGUGCUGCUACUUUGGCUUGCUAGAGCAAAUUGUAACCUGAUUGCUCGACAAAUGCUUUCUUUUCAUGGAUUGUAACUUAACUCCAACUAGCUUUAUCACAUUGGUGUAUUUUUCACAUGAACAAAGCUAAACAAGUUGUUGAAACUUGGGCCCAGCAAUUCCAUUGCUCACCACGUGAACAGAGAUUGGCGUUUCUUUACCUUGCAAAUGAUAUUCUUCAGAAUAGUAGGAGAAAGGGUUCAGAAUUUGUUGGUGAGUUCUGGAAGGUCCUUCCAGAUGCUCUUCGUGAUGUAAUUGAAAAUGGAAAUGAGUUUGGAAGAAAUGCUGCAUUACGGCUGAUCACUAUCUGGGAGGAGAGAAAAGUAUUUGGUUCUCGAGGGCAGCUUCUGAAGGAAGAGUUUGCUGGGAAGCAUGUUGGGAAUGGAAAGCAUAGUGGAGUCAAAGUGCUGGAUAGAACCUUCUCAUCACACUCUUUGCGGAGAAACUCAACUGGGGAUGCCCUUGACAAAAUAGUUUCAAGUUAUCAGAUGCUGUAUGGUGGUCAAAUUGAUGAAAAUGCUAUAUUGAGCAGAUGUAAAAGUGCCAUUAGCUCUGUUGAUAAAUUAGAUAAGGAGAUUGGAGGUGAUCUAAAUCCAGGUGAAAAAUCUUUUGAGCUCAUUGAUUCCGGCGAGGGGUGGUUUGUUCUGAUUGAAAGGGGUAAAAGACUCUCGUGCAGAAUAAAUAUAGAUGAGGAAAAUCUCUGACGAGUUUGCGACGCACUGAGGC